AUGCAAGUAAUUCCCAAUGAAGGAUUAAAUACUAUAAAAUUAGGUUCUUCAUUCCAUGAAAUAAUCAAUUCUUUCAAAGAUCAGGACAUUUCUAUUGUUUAUUCCGCCAAAUCUUAUAUGAAAACUCCUAUCAAAGUUGUUAUCAAGAGUCUUAAGAUAGAUUUGGUAUUUAUCAACUAUAAGUUAUGUGUAAUUGAAUUGACAGAUAUCGAAUCAAUGGGUGGCCAGUACAGUUAUAAUGGUAUAGAAUUGAGUGAUUUGAAUGUCAAAACCAUCUAUAAUAAGAUUUUUGGUCCCACGUAUCCGGGGAAAUUGAUCAAUGAUAAAUAUAUCUUAAGUUAUCCAGGUAUAACGUUUAAAAUUGACAGUAAGGAAGAUUUGAGUACCAUGUUGAAUGAAUCUCGUGAUUAUACCUGUCAAUCGAUCAUAAUAUUCAACAAACAAUAUCCAGAUUUCAAGAGCGAAGAGGAUUUAACUACAGAGACCUUCAAGAUUCAAAUUGAUCUCACUUAUGGUAUGAUUAAAUUUUGUUUGAAUAACAAUGAAUAUGUGGCAGAGAUAGGUAAAACCAAUCAACAAGAUUUGCUUAAUUUUUUGGGCCCACCAUCAGAUUAUUUCAAUAAAUUCGAUUCAAGACUUUUAAUUCAUGAAAACUCCAAUGAUCAUAUUUUUAAAUUCCAUAACUAUUUCAACUUAGGUAUCGAUUUGUUAUAUGAUUUAUAUUCUGGAAUCUUUAAAAAGAUCAUCGUUCAUACGGAUCUCAUUGAAAGCGAUCAAUUUGGUAAAUGGAGUAAAUGUAAUUUCGAAAUCUUCGUUAACAGUGAAUCAGAUCAACCUUUUGAUCCUUAUGGAGAGAGAAUAACCAAUAAUUCCCAUUUCAAUGAUAUAGAACCUUAUGUGAAGAACCCACCGGUUCUUUUGAAUCGUUUAGAGUCAGAGAUUGGCGAUUUGAAAGUUGAAAGCUUGUCAGAGUUCAAUUGGGGUAACUCGAAAAUCUAUUGCAACGAUCAUGUAAUCUGGGAAAUUGUAGGCGAUUGCAUUAGUUGUGUUACAAUCUAUUAA